AUGUUUCCGUAUUCAAUUUUCGAACCGUUUGUGAGGGUAGAUAAUGCCACCCGUCUUUGGUUUGGCACGUAUUCGAAGAAAAGGAACUGGUGGUAUGAUGAAAGCAAUUUUAGGAUCUGGUUAUUUCUUUUCUGUCUUGCUCUCGUUGGUUGCUUCAAUGCUGCUGGAAGACGUCUUCGGCGAGGCCAUGCCCUUUUAUGGAGUGCAACAUUGGGUAUUAUUUUGGCGUCAAAUCUUUUCGGCAUGUAUGGAGGAGACUGGCUGAAGGGCACUCUCGCAGGCGAGGGAAGUUUCAGCAGGUUUGACAACGUUCGACACGUUUUCAAGGUCGAUGUUCACAUCGGACUUCGGGGAAUGAACGUGACUGUCCAAGUCCGGGAACCGGGUGAAAAAAGUCACUGGAUGUUCAAUGAAUACUUGCCGUGGGCUCCAGCUUACGUUCGAAGGGAUCUGACGAAGGAGGCGAAGCUCAGGGGGAUUCCUGAUCCGAUUCUUUCCGUGUAUGAUUACUACGAUGCACCAGAUGAGCUCAGCCUAGGCGCAAAUUUGAAGCAAGCAACCCAACUUUCCGAAGACUUGAUGUGGUUCAGCUUUGCGUCAACUGUGUAUUUGAUCUGCCUACUAGCCUUUGUGCCCAGCUACAUCUACAUAGCAUUUUUAGUGAAUGGAAUUUUCAUGGCGUCAUCGUUCGCGGUAUUUUUAUUUUAUGAUCCAAUAUCUGCGGUUCGUAAGAUACACAUACACGGAAUGCCACUCGAGGUCACGUUUGGUUGGACGUCAUAUCUGGUUGCCGCCACCGCGAUUCUCUUGCUUUUUUUUGGUUUCGGCUUAUGGGGACUGCAAUGGUUUCGCAGGACCAAUAUGCAUAGUCCAUGGGAGACCGAUCUUGAUACGCCAUUUUAUUGGAAGGAUAAAAGUGGGGUUCCGGAAGAGCAGUUCCACUUGGAAGGAGCAACAAUACUCUCGAAGCUUAGGCAUUGCAAAGCAUCCGUGGAAUUGACGACUUUCCAUCAUGGCGAAGAUUUGGAUGUUUCACGAGAUAUUUUCGGUCCAGGAACUAAGGAAAGUUCUAUCCACACCCCAAUGAAAUCCCCUCUAGUUGACGGUUCAAAACUGCGGCAUCCUAAUUGCUACACUCCGAGCACUCCUCUUGAACCGCUGGCGCCUCCCACAACUCCGGUCUUGGGAUCUCUCAACGAAUCGGGAACACUUAGACGGCGCGUAGUUCCAUCACCACUAUCAAUCGAGACGGAUUCUGAUUCGCUGAGUUCCCGAGGCAGAAAUCAUGAUUCUCCUGCAUCAACUCCUGAAAGCAUCUACCCUUGAAAGCACUGCUCUCAUAGAAAUGAUUCCGGUUUUAUCAUCCUGAAGGUUUUCUUGAAGUUGGAAUUAUUUUUGCGAAAUAUUUAAAUUUUCGAGUGGAUCUCCAGAUGUCUUCAAACGUGUCCUGUUAUUCACACUGUGCAAACGUGAUGCUGAAGUAAAUGGCUGAAAGUUU